AUGCGGACUUCUGUUACGCGAGCCGUUCUCGCUGCGAUUUCGUUCUCUUACGUUGCUGGCUUCUCGAAUGCUCACGCGGACAUCCGCCACAAGUUGCAGCGACGCAACAUCAUCUAUGACGGCCAGAUCGCAGAAGCGUACGAUUUUGUCAUAGUCGGCGGCGGCACAGCCGGACUUGUCCUCGCGAAUAGGCUCUCCGAGGACUCCAACACCACCGUGCUUGUUCUCGAAGCAGGUGAUACCGGCAACUCUGUCGCCAAUAACAUCAACAUCCCGGCGGACGCGUACUAUAAUUCGCUUGUCGGGUCUUCUUACGAUUGGACGUACUUCACGGCUCCCCAACCUCAGGCAAACAACCGCGCAAUCAGCUGGCCUCGAGGUAAAGUGCUCGGCGGCUCUUCUGCAAUCAAUGGCAUGUACCUUGUCCGCCCGUCGGCUGUCGAGGUCGAUGCCUGGUCGAACAUGAUUGAAGGCGGCGAUCAGUGGAACUGGGACAACCUGUACGCCGGAAUGAAGACCAGCGAGACCUUCACUGCCCCCAGCUCUGCGAUCGCGGCCGAAGCUGGCAUCACGUACAACAUUGCCAGCCACGGUACGUCUGGCCCGAUUCAUGCGGCGUAUCCCGGAUACGAAAUGCCUCUAGUUGGAAAUUGGAGCGCCACGCUGAGUGCAGCUGGUGUACCGCCUUCGUCUGAUCCGUAUAACGGAAAUGGCUGGGGCUCGUUCGUCGCAACCUCGGCCAUUAAUCCGUCCAACUGGACGCGUUCCUACUCCAGAUCCGCUUAUAUCGACCCACUUCCACCUCGCGCCAACCUCGCGAUCCUCGCAAACGCUACGGUCACGCAGAUUAUCUUUACAAACUCGACUAAUGGAAAUCUUACGGCGACCUCUGUGCAGUAUGCCAGCAACCGCGAUGCGGCGAGGAACACGGUAAAGGUGAACAAGGAAGUCAUCCUCUCGGGAGGUGCCAUCGGCAGCCCGCAAGUCCUCAUGCUCAGCGGUGUCGGCCCGGAGGAUGUUCUCCAAGCUGCCGGCAUUCCCGUUCAAUUGGCGCUCCCGGGUGUCGGCCAGCAUCUGCAGGACCACAUCAGCACCGAAGUUCUGUACACGACAGGUGAACAGACGGCUGGCGCGAUCAAUGCUGCGAACGGUGGAGCUGCCAGCGACACCGCACCAGACCCCUUCCUCUCGUACAUCAACUCCGCCACAGCCUACGUCAACAUCUCCGUCCUUCUUGGGUCGAGCGCCGCGUCUUCCCUGUAUACUUCUAUUGCCAAUUCCCUGGAGUCAUCAGCAUCGACACUCGUACCGAGCCAGUACCCUGAAGUCGUUGAGGGAUACAAGACCAUCUACAAUGCCACCCUGUCUCAGUUUAACUCAGCCGUCGGCCAGAUGGAAAUUUUGCUGGCUUUGACAGGUGAUGGGACAAUUGCCAUCCAGGCGGCGUUGCAACAUCCGUUCAGCCAGGGACGUAUCUACAUCAAUACCGCGGACCCGUUCGCGCCCGCAGUGAUUGAUCCCGGUUACUUGUCGCACUCUGCAGAUGUUACCGUUAUGCGCGAGGGCCUCAAGUUCGCUAGGCAGCUUGGACAGACCUACCCAAUGAACCUCGCGACGACCAAAGAGGUUUCUCCUGGCCCCUCCGUUAGUACCGAUGAUGAGUGGGACACGUGGCUUGCAAACGAGAUUGGCACUGAGUUCCAUCCCUCAUGCUCGUGUGCAAUGCUGCCGCUGAGCCAGGGUGGUGUGGUUAAUGCUGAUCUGAUGGUCUACGGAACUUCUAACGUUCGUGUCGUCGACGCGUCUGUCUUUCCCAUCGAAUUCUCCGCCCACCUCGCUGCGCCGGUCUACGGUCUCGCAGAGAAGGCUGCAAGUAUCAUUCGCUCAGAUUACAACGGUGUCAGCGUGGCGACACCAAACGCAUCAUCAUCUGCGGGCUCGUCCGCGUCCGCAUCGCCGUCUCCGACGGCGGUCCGGACAAGCGGUGCUGCUUCCGUGGUCCACAACGGUGCAGCUGUAGCUCUUGCUGCGACGCUGAUUGCUGCGACGUUCUUCACUUUCUAA